GCUUCUGGUGCUUUUUGCCAAAGCAGAGACACAAGCAAGUUUUAGAGAGAUAAAGAGGAGAGUGAGACUUUCUAAUGGGAGAGGCCUCCCAAGAAUAAACCCACACGAGUGGCUCUCUCUCUCUCUCUCUCUCUCUCUCUCUCUCUUUACUGCUGCCCAAAUCCCCCACUCCCCCUCUCUUAAAUCAUUCUCAAAGUAAGUGAAACAGAGAAGAGACAGAGAAAGAAGAGAGAGAGAGAGAGACCCGUGUGGUUCUUUUCCACUCAUCAGAAGCUGUUAUUACUCUCUAUUUAUUGUUUCAAGCGCUUCUGUGAGUAGCUCUUCUGGGGCUCUUCUCCCCUGCUCAGGAAAGCUCUCUGUUUCACAGGCUCUGGAGCAACAGUAAACCCACAUAAGAUAGAACCCCCACUUCUUGUUCUUCUCUCAUCAUCAUCAUCACCUGUGUUUGUUUUAUCAUUAGCUAUCUUUUAAUCACCCAAAGAUGGGUUUUUUCACUCCCUCCCCACCCCCACCCCCCCCAUUCCAUGGGGCCUCUGCUUCUCCCCCUGGAGACAGAGAAUGCAGAAGCUCUGAAAUGGGCUUCUCUGCGCAGCAGCAGCAGCAGCAGCAGAGGCAGAAGAAGAAGCAGAAGCUUGCAUGGGGAUUUGAUGAAGUUGGUGAGGCUAAAGCGCUUGAUGGGAUCGAGAGAGCCAAUGGAGGUGAUGUAGGAGGUGGUGGUGGUGGUGGUGGUGGUGGUGGUCAUGGAAAUGGCCAAACAAAGCUCUGUUCUAGGGGCCAUUGGAGGCCUGCUGAAGAUGCCAGGCUCAGAGACCUUGUUUCCCAAUUUGGCCCCCAAAACUGGAACUUGAUUGCUGAGAAACUUGAUGGCAGAUCAGGGAAAAGCUGUAGAUUGAGGUGGUUCAACCAACUGGACCCAAGGAUCAACAAGAGGGCAUUUAGUGAGGGAGAAGAGGAGAGGCUCUUGGCUGCUCACCAGCUCUAUGGGAACAAGUGGGCACUGAUUGCAAGGCUCUUCCCUGGGAGAACAGAUAAUGCUGUCAAGAACCACUGGCAUGUCAUCAUGGCCAGGAAGAGCAGGGAGCAGUCCAAAACCUCUUCCAGGAGGAGGAGGCCUUUUGCUUCCCCAUCAAGCCCUUCUUCCCCUGAGAACCAAAACAGUGGGGUGAAGGUGAAGGUGAAGGUGAAGGUGAAUGAGAAUGUGAAUGCAUGCAGUGGGGGGGAGCCCUCAGUUAGUAGCCAUAGAGAAGGAUCUGCCUCAACCUGCACUGAUCUCUCCCUCAACUCCUUUGCAAGAUUCAGCUCACCUCAGAAGCCCCAAUCUUUUGAGCUCCAUAUUAUGGGUUCUGAUCAAAAGCUUGUUGUGGGUGCAACAAAUGUUGCAGAGAAAAUUGGUGACUCUGCUAAUAUUCACCUGCAUGGCCAGCCCAGAAUCUCAGUCCCUUGUGCUGAUCAGUCCCUGCUACACCUACACUCUGAUUCAAUCACAUCUGAGGCCUCAACAACUGCAGCAGCAGCAGCAGCAGCAGUUGCCACCCAUCAGAAGAAUGCAAAGAUGCUCCUCUAUGCAGAAAAAGAUUGCCAGAGAGGGAACAUCACUUUGCCCUUCUUUGAUUUCCUUGGUGUAGGUGCAGCAUAAUAUAUAGAGUUGACACUUACUACAAAUGAGUUGCACUUCUUUUGUAAUUUAGAAGGGGGAAAAAAAAAGAAAAAAAAGAAAAAAAAAGGAAAAGAUCUACAAACUAAAGAGAUAAAAAAAAAAAAAAAAAGUUUUGGGAUAGAAGCAAAAGCUUUGGAAGAGGUGUAGUUUUGAACCAUCAAAAGCAGCAUCUUUGGUUGUCCCUUUUAGGAUAGGCUUUUUAGAAAUUUCAAUGCUGUAAACUUGGUAUUAUGUGAAAAGAUUUGUGCUAUCCCAAUAUGAAAAUGAGAUGCCGAGUACAUUCAAAUAAAAGAGAUAGAGAGAGAGAGAGAGAGAUAGAUGCUGAAUCAUACAUUGAUAGUCUCAUCUGCUGUACUCUAUUGACUCACAUGUCCAAAUCAUGUGAAGGGGAAUUAACAUCCACUCUUUUAUGUCACCAAAUGCAUGUUUUCAUUGUGUCAUGAA